GACGCUUACGGCGUACGGCCACACUCAACGCCGAUAUCAUUGCGCCGCCUAUAAAAGCAGUGAGCGUUGAGUCCUACGUGUUUUAGUUAACAAAAUUUCCCGCAAAAGAGCGCUCAACGAAAAACGUACACAAGUGCAUUCUCUCAAAUUCUGGUAAUCAAAAGAUAAUCAACAAAUAAGGCAACAAAAUGGCUGCGCGCGAUGCCGCUUCAAACCAAUUGCUUGAUUAUAAAAACUCUCAAAAGGAGAGUCCGGGUGUAAUUACCACUGGCAGUGGUGCACCAAUAGGCAUUAAGGAUGCCACCCAAACGGUGGGUCCACGCGGUCCGGCACUGCUGCAGGAUGUCAACUUCCUGGACGAGAUGGCGCACUUUGAUCGCGAGCGCAUUCCGGAGCGAGUGGUGCAUGCCAAGGGUGGCGGUGCAUUUGGCUACUUUGAGGUCACGCACGACAUAAGCAAAUAUUGUGCGGCCAAGGUGUUCGAGAAGGUCAAGAAGCGCACUCCAGUCGCCAUUCGCUUCUCCACGGUGGGUGGUGAGAGCGGCUCGGCGGAUACGGCUCGCGAUCCACGCGGAUUUGCUAUUAAAUUCUAUACGGAUGAUGGAGUGUGGGAUCUGGUUGGCAACAACACACCGAUUUUCUUUAUUCGCGAUCCCAUUCUGUUCCCCAGUUUCAUCCACACGCAGAAGCGCAAUCCGCAAACGCAUCUGAAGGAUCCGGACAUGUUUUGGGAUUUCCUCACGCUGCGCCCCGAGUCCACGCAUCAGGUGUCGUUCUUGUUCGGCGAUCGUGGCACACCCGAUGGUUUCUGCCACAUGAACGGCUAUGGGUCGCACACCUUCAAGCUGAUCAACGCCAAGGGCGAGCCCAUUUAUGCCAAGUUCCACUUCAAGACCGAUCAGGGCAUCAAGAACUUGGACGUGAAGACCGCUGCCGAUCUGGCAUCGAGCGAUCCCGAUUAUAGCAUUCGCGAUUUGUACAACCGCAUCAAGAACUGCAAGUUCCCCAGCUGGACGUGCUACAUUCAGGUGAUGACCUUCGAGGAGGCCAAGAAGCACAAGUACAAUCCGUUCGAUGUGACCAAAGUGUGGUCUCACAAGGAAUUCCCAUUGAUCCCUGUCGGCAAAUUGGUGCUCGAUCGCAAUCCGACUAACUACUUUGCUGAGGUGGAGCAGAUUGCGUUCAGUCCGGCGCAUUUGGUGCCCGGAAUUGAGCCAUCUCCGGAUAAGAUGUUGCAGGGUCGCCUUUUCUCAUAUUCGGACACGCAUCGUCAUCGUUUGGGGCCCAACUAUCUGCAAAUUCCCGUUAACUGCCCCUAUCGGGUCAAGGUCAACAAUUUCCAACGCGAUGGUUUCAUGAACGUCACCGACAACCAGAAUGGGGCGCCCAAUUAUUUCCCCAACUCGUUCAACGGUCCCCAGGAAGAUCCACGCUCUCGCGCCCUUUCCACCAGUUGCCCGGUGAGCGGUGAUGUCUAUCGCUUCAGCAGUGGCGAUACCGAGGAUAACUACGGCCAGGUGACCGAAUUCUGGGUGCACGUGCUCGACAAUUGCGCCAGGAAGCGUCUCGUGCAGAACAUUGCCGACAAUCUGAGCAAUGCCAGCCAGUUCUUACAGGAGCGUGCUGUGAAGAACUUCACUUUGGUGCAUGCCGACUUUGGACGUAUGCUGUCUGAAGCCCUCAACCUUAUCAAAUCAGCCAAGUUCUAGACAGAUGUCAACCUAUUGGAUUUUGCCUAAUUCUCGGCAACUUACUGCAAUAUAUAUCCAACUUUCCACUGAACACAGUGUCAGUUCUUUGGUUGCGGGCAAUUUCUUGUUUACUGCGUGGUACUUCAUUGAACCUCUUUCCCAUGCGUGUGCCUUGUUUUAAAAUGCUACAUUUUAGCAAUGAAGAUCACUUAAAUAUGUAACGAUUCGCAAUAAAUAUUAAUCGUUUGAUAUAAAACAA